UGCACCUGUCACUCAGAAGGCAAGGGUCUACAAGAGACACAGUCUAACUCCAGUCCUCAUCCUGGUUCAGAUCUGCUUCAGUCCUGGUUCAGACUCACUUCAGUCCUGGUUUAGACCAUGCUGUACCUGGUCUCGGUCUGGACCUCACCUGGACCGACCUGCGGCUCCUUCAGUCGACUGUGGGUGUCUCUCAUCGGCUCAGAAGGAGAGACUCCGCCCACCUGUGUCACAAGCGGUGACCAGCGCCUGAUCCCAGGAUCCGUGUGUUCAGUGUCGGUCCCUGUGGUCUCUCCUCUGGGCCCCGUCGUCCUGCUCCGCCUCAGACUGGACCCUCAGCCUGGACUCCCGGAUCUGGACUGGCACUGUGAGAGGGUGGAGCUUAGACUUCAGAAGGGGGAGGAGCUUCAGCCGAGAGACUCACCUGAGGGGGAGGAGCCACAGGUGUUCCCAUGUCACAGGUGCAUCCGGAGCAGCGACGGAGACGUGGACAUACGCUCAGAACAAAUGUGUCUGCUGAGCGAGGAAACCGAGGAGAAACUGAAGCUGCACCGACUCAGAGAAUUGCAACGGCAACAGGAGAGGUUCAGGUGGCGUGUGUUUGUGGAGGGCGCUCCUCAGUGUUUGGACAUCAGUAGCUCCUCUGAUCUCGGCCUCGAGCUCAGCCACUCCCGCAACAGUUCUGGUGUGAGCCUGCAGUACCUCAGAGGGUUCUCCAACCGAGCUGAGUCCUGGUCCAGUUUCUCAGAGCUGGAGACUGUGUUUACCCUCAGUGCCCACGGCAACCACACCGCCAAGUUUGUUCAGACCCACUGGAGGGAGGAUUGGUUCUUCGGGCUCCAGGCUCAGACCGGCCCAAAUCCUCUGGCCCUGAAACGAGUCCGGACCCUGCCCCAAAACCUGUCAGUCACCUGUGACAUGCUCCGCCCCUUCCUCCCUGCAGGCUCCUCCCUCCAACAAGAGCUUCAGAGUGGUCGUCUUUACCUGUUGGAUUACUCGGUGCUGGAGGGAGUUCCAGCCAAUCAGAUCAACGGGAAGCCGUCGUACCUGAGCGCUCCGAUGUGUCUGCUGCACCUGAGCCCACAGGGGGCGCUGCUGCCCAUCGCCAUACAGCUGCAGCAGACCCCCGGGCCCCUGAACCCGGUCUUCCUGCCCUCUGACUCCUGCUGUGAUUGGCUGAUGGCAAAGCUCUGGCUGCGAAUGGUCGAUUUCCAGGUGCAUCAGCUCGACUCGCACUACCUGCGCACGCACAUGAUGUCCGAGCUGUGCGCCGUCGCCACCCUCAGGCAGCUGCCGGCAGUGCACCCUCUGUACCAGCUGCUCAUGUCUCAUGUUCAGACGUCGCCUCAGAUCAACUUCCAGGCUCGAAGUGCUCUACUGAACUCAGGAGGAAUCUUUGACAAGGCGGUGGCGUGUGGUCUGGAUGCCCUCCCGCUGGUCCUGUCCCGGUCCUCCUCUCGUCUCUCGUACAGUUCGUUGUGUGUCCCUCGUGACGUGGAGGAGCGUGGCCUGAGCGACCUGCCGCGGUGUCUGUACGGCCAGGACGCCCCCCGAGUGUGGAGCGCCCUCCUCAGGUUUGUGAUCAGCUGGCUGGACCUGUGUUACCGUGGAGAUGAGGACGUGGUGCAGGACUCGGAGCUGCAGAGUUGGAUCAGAGAAAUCUACGAACACGGAUUUCCUCCAGAGAGCGGUUUCCCUCGGCGCUUCGAGUCCAAAGCCGAGCUGUCGGAGUUUGUUACCAUGGUGAUAUUCAGCGGCUCCGCCCUCCACGCCGCCGUCAACUUCUCCCAGCUGGACUUCGCUCUGUGGAUCCCCAACACUCCGUCCUGUCUGCUGCGCCCGCCUCCGCAGGUCAAAGGUCAGCUGACGGAGGAGGACGUCCUGACGUUUUUGCCCGACGUGAACACGAGCAUGAGGCUCCUGGGCAGCCUCGCUCUGCUGUCCUCCCCCGGAGCAGACUACGUUCCUCUGUGCAGAUACAGGGAGCCGCUCUUCCGGUCCGGCGCCCCCUGCAGGCUGUUGGAGGCGGUGCAGGCCGAGCUCGCGUCCAUUUCCGACGACAUCGUGCGCCGCAACACCGAGCUAAUGGCCCCGCCCACCGACGUCACCGAGCCCGCCGCCUUUCCCUACGGUUACCUGGACCCUCUACACAUCGAGAACAGCGUGGCCAUCUGAACUGUGUCAGAUGCCCUCCCGUCCUGUGGUGUUCCUGUGUCAGAUGCCCUCCCGUCCUGCGGUGUUCCUGUGUCAGAUGCCCUCCUGUCCUGUGGUGUUCCUGUGUCAGAUGCCCUCCCAAACAAAGAUGAAUCUGCACAAAUGUGUUUUAGUUUGUGUUUUAUUUGAACAUUCAGUUUAUUUACAUUUUUCUUUGUCAUAUUUUCAGUGUAAACUUCAGCAAAUAAAAACAUUCGACGCUCAAGAAAUCCAGUGAAACUCAGACUGUUUCCACAAACAGAUCUACACCAGAUCGAAACCAGGUCUAAAUUAGGUCUAUACCAGGUCUAUACCAGGUCUAAACCAGGGCUAAACCAGGUCUAAACCAGGUCUAAAUUAGGUCUAUACCAGGUCUAUACCAGGUCUAAACCAGGUCUAAACCAGGGCUAAACCAGGGCUAAACCAGGUCUAUACCAGGUCUAUACCAGGUCUAAACCAGGGCUAAACCAGGUCUAAACCAGGUCUAAACCAGGUCUAAACUAGGACUAAAUUAGGUUUAAACUAGGACUAAACCAGGUCUAUACCAGGAUUAAACCAGGACUAAAAGAACUAGGUCUAAACCAGGUCUAAACCAGUCCUUCAUGUGGACUCAGUCUUAAACAGCAUUAUUUCCUAAAAUGUCUGUUAUUAUUGUAAAUGUAAAAUAAAAACAGCGUCUAAUACUCUGAGUUCUAACAUCCUUUGUAUUUUUUUUUUUUUUACAGAAUGAAAAAUGCUUUUUUGAAAAUCAAAGUUGCAGCAAAAAACUACAAUUAUUUAAAUUACACUUUUGGCAAAUACUUUCUGUGAAGCGGCGCCAUCAGGUGGACAAACUGAGGAAUGAUUUUUAAACAAUUGUACAAAAAACCCAACUUUUUUUUAAACUUAAAUGAAACUCCAGCUUUGACGUGAAAUAAAAGGACGGAAUGUGAAACUUAAGGCAAACUUCUGUCACAGUAAAAAAACAAAGGAAAAGUUUUUGUAAACAGCGACAAAGGAAUAAGUUAAAACAGGAAAUGUU